UGUUGUUUUUCGCAGCAACAGUGAACGCGUCACGGGCCCCUGAUCCAUUGAUCGAGAGAUCCAGGCGCCGGUGGGACUCCUUACUGUUUCCACGCCUCCUACUUUCACUCCCAUUGUGGUGAAUCUCCGGCUCUCACACACUUUGCCAGACUUCCAGGAGUUGGAACGACGACUAGAGGAGGGAGCAACGCUGUGAAAGAAAGAAAAGGGAAAACCAGCAUAAACACAUCUACUUUUCCGCAUGGAUAUCCCUCGCUCUCCCCGGGGGACGUAAAGGAGGCGCGAUGGUUUGCAUUGCUGGGAGUACUUGAGGUUCUUGCCGGGGAGAAAGCACACUCGUACUCUCCGCUGGAAAGUUGUAAAAAGAAGUUCCCUUGAAGUUCUUGUUUGUUUGUUUGUUUGUUUGUUUUCCACCACCAGUUCAGUUCACACGCAGUGUUUCCUCCAGCGCUGUAAACCUCCUGCCAUCAUGGCGAGGCGGACUGCGGAGGCUCAGACGCCGAGGACUCGCGCUGCUUUCCGGGAUAAACACCUUCCCCUCCGCGGCGGCUCGGUGGCUUUUUCGUGGCGCCUCGCUUUGAUUUGCUCGGCUCUCUCUUGUGGAUACUGCGGAGCCGAGACGGAGUUUUCCAUCCUGGAAGAAGCGCAAGUUUUGGCGGAGCAAAUGAAAAAGCUGUCCUCACAGGAGCUGGGAGUUUUCACGAUGCAGAGGAUUUUCAACUCAUUCGUGUACACAGAGAAGACAUCAAACGGAGAGACAGAAGUUCAGCAGUUGGCCAAGAAGAUUCGCGAAAAGUUUAACCGCUACCUGGAUGUGGUGAACAGAAACAAGCAGGUGGUGGAGGCGUCCUACACGGCCCACCUCACCUCUCCGCUCACAGCGAUACAGGACUGCUGCUCCAUACCUGCAUCCAUGAUGGAGUUUGAUGGAAACUUCAAUACCAACGUGUCCAAGACCAUCUGCUGUGACAGACUUUCCCCCACAGUCAACAGCAGAGCAUUCAACCCAGGACGAGACCUCAACUCAGUGUUGGCGGACAACCUGAAGUCCAACCCAGGGAUAAAGUGGCAGUACUUCAGCUCAGAGGAGGGCAUAUUUACCGUCUUCCCCGCCCACAAGUUUCACUGCAAAGGAAACUACGAACAUCGCAGCCGGCCUGUGUACGUCUCUGCAGUGCGCCCACAAUCCAAGCACAUUGUGGUGAUGGUCGACCAUGGAGCAUCUAUAACAGAUUCACAGCUUCAGAUCGCCCGUGAUUCUGCUCUUGUGAUCCUUAAUUCCAUCGACGAACACGACAAGAUCUCCAUCCUGUCUGUGGCAGAGGCGGUCCGCUCCUGCUCUCUGGACCAGUGCUACAAGAGCCUGCUGUCUCCAGCCACUAGCGAGACUAAGAGGAAGAUGGGCACCUUUAUCUCUAACAUCAAGGCCUCUAAUGGAGCCACGCAGCAUGCAGCUGGCUUCCAGAAGGCUUUCCAGCUGCUCCGCAACACCAGCAGCCUCAGCAAGCAGAGCUCCACUACAGAUAUGGUCAUCAUCUACCUUUCAUCUGGCGUCACGUCUCGAGAGUCGUCCGAGCUGGAGAAGAGAGCGACGCUCAGCGUGGUUAGAGAGGAGAACCGGCACCUCAACAACUCCGUCAUGAUUCUCACUUACGCUCUUAUGAAUGAGGGAGUCACGGGCCUGAAGGAGCUGGCCUUCCUCAGAGACCUCGCCGAGCAGAAUUCCGUCAAGUACGGCGUCGACCGAGCGUUGGAACAGGAGCGUGCCUCGCCCAGAUCGGCCCCCAUGAUGCCGGUGGUGAAGGGCAGCAUGAUGGUGCUGAACCAGCUGAGCAACCUGGAGAUAUCAGUGGGACGCUUCUACAUCAACCUGCCCAACCGCAUGAUCGACUUGGUGCGCUUCAGCCUGCCCUACUCCGACCCCAUGGGGGACGGUUUCAUCAUGACUGUGAGCCGGCCCUGUUACUUCGGUAACCUGCUCCUCGGUGUGGUCGGAGUGGAUGUGAACCUGGCUUACAUCCUCGAGGACGUCACCUACUACCAAGACUCGCUGGCUUCUUAUACAUUUCUCAUUGACAACAAAGGUUACACCCUGAUGCACCCAUCUUUGACCAGACCAUACCUGAUGACAGAGCCGCCCCUGCAUACUGAUAUUAUCCACUACGAGAACAUCCCAGGAUUCCCUGUUGUCCGAAACAACAUCCUCAGCCUCCCUUUAGGCAGUCAGAUCAUUGCUGUGCCGGUCAACUCUUCCCUUUCCUGGCACACAAACCGGCUGAGGGACAACAGCAAAGAUGCAUACAAUGUCAGCUAUGCCUGGAAACUGGUCCAGGACACGUCUUUUAUUUUGUGCAUCGUGUACAUCCAGCCGGAGAUCCCAGUGAAGCAGCUGAAGAACCUGAACACGCCUCCCAGCUCUAAGCUGCUGUACCAUCGCUUAGACCUGCUGGGCCAACCCAGCUCCUGCCUGCACUUCAAGCAGCUCGCCACUGUUGAAUCCCCCACAGUGAUGCUGUCUGCUGGUAGCUUCUCCUCUCCGUAUGAACAUCUCAGUCAGCCGGAGACGAAGCGGAUGGUGGAGCACUACACGGCCUACCUCAGCGAUAACACCAGGCUUAUUGCCAAUCCAGGCCUCAAGUCCUCUGUCAGGAACGAGGUUAUGGCAACCAGUCAUGUUACGGAUGAGUGGAUGACACUAAUGGAAAUGAGUAGCCUCAACUGCUACAUUGUGCGCCGUUACAUAGCAACGCCCAGCGGGGUGCUCCGGAUUUACCCAGGAUCGCUGAUGGACAAAGCAUUCGACCCGACCCGCAGACAAUGGUACCAGCAUGCUGUGGCCAACCCAGGCCUCAUCACCUUCACUGGUCCCUACCUGGAUGUUGGCGGCGCAGGUUACGUCGUCACCAUCAGCCACACUAUUCAUGCCUCAAGCUCUCAGAUGGCCCCUGGGUAUGCAGUGGCAGUGAUGGGUAUAGACUUUACUCUUCGCUAUUUCUAUAAGGUCCUGCUGGAUCUGCUGCCCAUCUGCAACCAGGAUAAAGGCCAUAAGAUCAGGUGCUUUAUAAUGGAGGACAGAGGAUACCUGGUUGCUCACCCAACCCUCAUUGACCCGAAGGGUCAUGCCCCAGCAGAACAACAGCACAUCACUCACAAGGAGCCACUUGUGGCCAAUGACAUCCUGAACCAUCCAAACUUUGUCAAGAAAAAUCUUUGCAACAGCUUCAGCGACCGGACAGUGCAGCGCUUCUACAAGUUCAACACCAGCAUCGUGGGAGACCUGACCAACCUUGUCCAUGGCAGCCAUUGCUCCAAGUAUCGCCUGACUAGAAUCCCCGGCACCAAUGCAUUUGCUGGCAUCGUCAAUGAGACGUGUGACUCGCUGGCUUUCUGUGCCUGCAGCACGGUGGACCGCCUCUGCCUCAACUGCCACAGGAUGGAGCAGAAUGAGUGCGAGUGUCCUUGUGAGUGCCCUCUGGAGGUCAAUGAGUGCACAGGCAACCUCACCAAUGCUGAGAACAGGAACCCCAGCUGUGAGGUGCAUCAAGAACCAGUCAGCCUGAAUGUGAUUGAUCCCGGUCUGCAUGACACCCUGCCGCAGUGCAUCAACACCCGCUGCAGCCAGAGAUACUCCAGCAGUGACUGUUUCGGUGUGCUGGACUGUGAGUGGUGCAUGGUGGACAGCGAUGGUAAGACCCACCUGGACAAGCCGUACUGCGCUCUGCAGAAGGAGUGUUUUGGAGGCAUCGUUGGAGCCAAGAGUCCAUAUGCAGAUGGUCUGGGUCUUAUUGAUGAGGAAGUGGCAUCUUUGAACAUGAUCAAGAGCGCCCCUGUGGGUCCGGUCGCUGGGGGCAUCAUGGGAUGCAUCAUGGUGCUGGUGCUGGCCGUGUACGCCUACCGACAUCAGAUCCACAGACGCUCACACCAGCACAUGUCACCACUUGCUGCACAGGAAAUGUCUGUGAGAAUGUCCAACCUCGACAAUGAAAGAGACGAGAGAGACGAAGACAGUCAUGAAGACAGAGGAAUCAUCAGUAACACCAGAUUCAUAGCUGCAGUCAUUGAGAGACACACUCACAGUCCUGAACGGAGACGGAGGUACUGGGGCCGAUCGGGGACAGAGAGCGACCAUGGCUACAGCACCAUGAGUCCACAGGAGGACAGCGAGAAUCCGCCCGGAAACAACGACCCCCUCUCGGCAGGGGUCGACGUCGGUAACCACGACGACGACAUGGACCUGGACACGCCCCCUCAGACAGCCGCGCUGCUGAGCCACAAGUUCCACCCGUACCGACACGUCCACACCCACCACCACCCGCUGCACACACAGACGCAUCACCUGCAGGCCGCCGUGACCGUGCACAGCGUGGACGCAGAGUGCUGAUGCUCCAGGGGACUGAACUAGUUUUUAUCAAAAGACUAUUUUUGUAAAACAUUUGAGUUUAAUGAGACGAUUCACACUGUGUACUUCAAGGUUCAGACGAGUGGAGGAAGAUUACCACAGUUGGACCCAAUUCCUCAGAGCUGCUCGGAUUCUCACUCUGAAUUAUGAAUGAUGCCGCAAUGUGUCGUUGUGGCAACAUCUUCUUUCUCUCAUCCCCUCUUUAAUUCAGCCGAACUUAAAGCACAUGCAAAAGGCAGACCUGGGCCACUACAUGUAAGCAGUUGGAUUUCCAGUUUUUUUCCUUUGAAGGAUUCAGAACUCAGUUUUAACGAGAACAGGAGACAACUGGAACCCAAAAACUUUGAGCAGAGACACAAAUCUUUCAAGGUUGGGUCCAGUAUGGACUUUUCUUGGCUAUAAAUCCAGCCCAAAGUAGGUGGCACCUCUGCAAAGGGCCAUUGCCCAGAGAUCCAGGAAGGGCACAGUAGAGGGCAGCAUCUCUGAAAAACAGAAAAAUAUAUAUUUUUUCUCCCUAACAAAGAGCUGAGUCUAGUGGAACUCUAACGAUACUUUUCUCUCAACUUUCUGGUCUCCAGAGUUCGUUUAUCUGGGAGUUGUAGCCUUUCUCCUAAAAAGAGGCUUCUGGUGUCAUCCAACAUGCCGUCGGGUGGUACCUGAACACUUUCAUGAAUGUUUGUGAAUAUCAGCGUAGGGAAGAAAAUGCUUCAACAUUUUGCAUAAAUACAUAAAAAA